AUGGAGUCUGUUGGAGACGUUUUGUUUUGGGUUUUUGGCGGAUUUUUCUCGAUAUUAACUGUCCUUGGAAACAGUUUGGUGAUGUAUCUCGUUAUUUCAAGGAAGCGGCUUCGUAGCACAAUAAAUUGGUUCUUAUUCUCUCUUGCUGCAGCUGAUCUUAGUGUAGGAUUAACUUACCUUCCAAGUAUGGCUUGUGAGUCUGCGUCCGUUUGUAGCAAGUGUGUAACAACGGCGGUACGAUGGUUGUUCCUCAAUUUAUCCAUGACUAACCUCUGUGCGCUAACAGUUGAUCGGUACAUGGCGAUUGUUACUCCACUAAAGUAUGUAAAGCUUAAGGUUAAAAGACGCCACGUGUUUUUUAUAUCAGCAGCAUGGACUUUACCUUUUGUCGUUCAUUUUGUGCCAUUUACGUGGAUGUACUGUACCGAGAUGUAUACUUCACUUAACAUAUUUUUUGCGGUUGUAUUAUUCGCUUUCAAACUUCCGCUCUAUCUCCUAUUGUUUACAGUUUGUUUUAGAACUUUAUACGUGGCACACAGGCAGAAGAAACGCUUUAGUAUUCGUCUCUCUCAGCUUAAGUUCAAUGGCUUUUCUUUUGAUGACUCAAAGUGCGACAGAUCACAGAGUCGAGCAACCGCUUUCUCCAAAGCUCUUGGAAUCAUAGUCGCCGUCUUUCUUACUUGUUACGCCAUUGACAUGGCUCGUCUUCUCUGUUUUUCAUUUAAAUGCAUCAAUCAUAUUCCAUGGAAUUUGGUGUAUGUGCAGAGGAUACUGCUCAUAUGUAAUUCCGCGAGCAAUCCAUUCGUUUACAGUUUCCUUAAGCACGACAUUCGAUGUGAGCUCAAACUCUUGUUUAGAUGGCUUUAG